AUGGCAAAAGCGCAGAAAUUUGAUGCUGCAUUGCUAAUAUUUCAAAUAGUUGCAGUACAAUCAAUACACUACCUAGCUUUAUCAAUAAUAACACCUACACUUCUCACUUUAUUUGCAAAUGAAGAAGGACUGCGAUACGAAUGGGGUUCCCCACCGUUAAGCGUCGGAUUAAUACUCGACUGGCGAGAACUGGCAAAUUGGGAGCAUCAUGAGGCUGUCUGGCAAGGACUUUGGAUAAAGGGGAAACAAAGCGGCUAUUCUGAUGAUAUUUACGAAUGGGAUGGCAACCACAACCGGAGGAGGGGAUGGCUUUUAGCUAUCAGUUGGGUUUUAGCGUGUUUCAUAGAUAUUAUUCCGCUAUACUACCUCGUGCGUAAGCCUACCCUGAUACUGGAUUUCGCAGUAACAAUGACGGGAUUGCAUUUUCUAUUCACUACCGCACAUGUCCAGAGUCCACCAUUAGGAUUUUUCUGUUAUGGUAUCUAUGCACUCGGAGUAGUCGUACUCGUCGUCGGUGCAGAGCAGCUAGCCAUGCGUCGUGAGCUACGCCGCGGUCUCUGGGGAGAUCGCCAGGAUGAUUAUGAGAUGUCGACGCGGAGGAACUACAAUCAGCACAGAAGGGCAAACCAACGACCAGCUGGUCUUGGUUUAGUCCUAGAUAGCCCGGAUAUCAACUAUGAAACAACGAAAGUUCCAAAAUAGCACAGUUAGACAUCUUGCAUUUCAAUUUUAGAUAAUACCAGACAUGUUGUAAAAUAACAUUUAUUAAGUACAGU